AUGGGCCAGGCUCCUUCCAACGCCAAGGGCGCGCGGCCAGCCUUGCCCCACUCGGCGCCCACGCUCUUCCCGUUGCCGUCAGACGAAUCGGACCUACCGGAGGGCGCCGUGCUGGAUGUGGAGCUCGAGAUCGUGUCGGCCAAAAACAUCGUCGCCGGUGACUAUUUGGGCGUCACGGCCUUAAUGAAAGGCCAAUUGAGCUCCAGUGACGCCUACGCCAUCAUCGCAGUGGACGGCAAGAAAGUGGCCUGGACGCACCCGGUCUUCUCGACUCUGGAACCGGUCUGGAACGAGAAGUUCUAUUUUAGAAACGUGCGACCAUACUCGCUCUGCAAGCUCUACCUGUUCGACAAGGACGUGAACGCCGACGAUGAGCUGGGGGAGACCCAGUUCACUGCGGUCAACACGGACGGGACGGUAUCCACGUUCGAGCAGGCCAUCUCACUCAACGGCAGGAACGCCGGUACUAUUGUGAUCAAGGUCAAGUCGCAUCCGGUUGAGCCGAUGCGUCGGGUUUUGCUUCAGGAGCUCGGACCUGUGCGGUAUUCGGUGCACUCGAGCGUGACUGCCGGUCUCAUGACCAUGUCGACGUCCAAUGAUGCCAAGAUCGAGUCGUUGGCGUACCACAUCCAGCUGCACAACGUCUCGCAAUUCUUGCCGACAGACCAGGAGUGGAACAAGAACUACCCGACGAUCCAGCGGAUCUUCUCGCCGGACUUCCCGGAGUCUCCCGUGCUUCGCCAGGCGAUCAUGACGCAGCACGCAGUCAUUUACACACACGGUCCAAAGAACACCAAGUACGGCGCGAUUUCGUCGCCUGCCGAGUUUUUCAAGCUCAUCCACGACGGAAGGCGCCAGGAGAAGCCCGUGCUCUUCACGUACGUCAUCACCAAGAAUGGCUGGUAUUUCUCCGAAACGGGCGCCGCGUUCUUCAAGGACAUGCUCUCCAAGCACAUGCUGCACUCGGGCGCCGCAUUCUCGGUUCUGUACGCUGGUGAGUUCCGCGUCGACAACUUCCUGUUUGGGGAGCCCAAGCUCAUCAUUGACAAUGAUAGCGGCACCUACGCACCACCAAAGGAGGCUCUGCCGCAGCUCAAGGCGCUGAUUGAGAACAACUUCCCCGGAAUCGAAGUGGAGGCGUUGGACCGUGAAAACGAAGACCAGCAGCGAGCGCGCAAGGAAAUCCUCGAUUCGUGGGUGUAG